UUUUCCCUUACUGCAUUGAACGCUUAGAGCGAGAGAGAAAAUGGGGAAGCAGAGCGGCAGGUCAAGGAAGGCGGGAGAAAACAUACAGCUUGGCAAAGGGAAAGUAACUCCGGCGCAGGUGGCCUUCAUCGUCGAUUGUUACCUCGCCGACAACAAUCUCUCCAAAACCAGAUCGGCCUUCCGGUCCGAAGCUCCCCAUCUCUUCUCCAAAUCCCCCGUCCAACAUUCCCCGAAGGUGUUAAGUUUGGGGGAAUUGCUGGAUGAGUAUAUACGUUUGAAGGAGCAGAAAUUGUUGAUGGAUCAAGAAAGGGGAAACCUGGAGCAAGAGAAAUUUCGGCUUCAGAAUUUGCUCAAGGGAAUGCAGGACGCCAUGAACGCUUACAAUGCCGGUUCUAACCACAACACUCCCCUUCCCCUUGGUUCUUCUCCUCCAAUUCCAAUAGGUGGCUAUUCCAUGUACAAUACUCCAACAACUAUGAUGCCAGCAUCAAUUCCCUCCGCUAUUCGUACCUAUCCCAAUUAUUCUUCCACUCCAUCUACAGAUCCCACCGCAGCAAAAAGGAAGCGCUCCAUAUCGGAUGCCCCAUCUGCUUCUGCUGCCAAGAGAUCUCAUAAAAGUUUAACUGCCAACCAAUUGCCUUUGAAAGAUGGCAAGGCAACUGCUCAAGCAAGCAAUGCAGAUAAUUGUCAGGAGAAUCCUCUCAGAAUCUCUGCAGUUCCAUCAUCAGUCCAGCAUAAUGUGUCUAAUGUAACAGCAGUCCAAGGGUCUAAUGUUGCUAAAUGUUUGUUUAAUCAGGCCAUUCACUCCCCUGCUGCAAAUUCCUCUGGUCCUAAGACACCGCCCCGUGCAUCUUCCUCUCAAACAGAGAAGUCCAUCUCACCAGUUGAAAUUAGUUCUACUGCUACUUCUGCUAAUAUUGUUACUCCCCAGCAAUUAGUAUCCUCUAACUGCAUGAUCAUCUCUUCUGAAACAAUUAGAGUGAGCCCUUCCAAACAAAUGGGCUACUAUUCUAUUGAAAGAAACCAUUGCAUUUCUACUUUGUCACCAGUUAAGACAAAUUUGAAGCCUGCCAAAAGGGAUCAUGUGAAGGGAAGGCUAGAUUUUGAUGCCUCUGACAUGCCAUCUUGUUCAAAUGCACUGAGUUUUGGUGGGGCUUCGACCUCUGAAUCUGAUGAAGGAGAGAUGUUUGACUUGGAUUUAGCUACUUUGGAUGCUCUUGGAGCAGAUUUUAAUCUUUCUGAACUGUUGGUUGACUUUGAUCUUGAUGGAGGAAAUUAUUGCUCUCCCCACCAAGACAUGGGUUCUUCUCCAGAACCCCUUUCAGAUUCACCAAAUAAAUCAGGAGAUGUUGAUAUGGGAGCCAACCAAUUUACAUCUCAGAUUUCAUCAACAGUUACCGAAGUCCUUGCAAAGGACACUGGUUUAACAGAUCCAGAUGCUGUCACAACAGUGAAGUCUGUUACUAAAUGUAUCAAGAUCUUAAGUCCUGUAAAGGUUUAUGGAAGCUCAAUGGAUCAGAGGAAUCAUCAUAAUUGAAGUAUUCAUUUCUUCUGCAACAAACAUU